CUGCACCAAUGGCUGCCUGGGUUACAGACACAGACUGAGUUACCAAUGAGUAGGGACCUCACAUGCUGAUAGUAAAGUCCUCUCCACUGUUCUCUUCCAGCUCUGCACUGUGUUGCUGACAGUCCUGUCCUUCGCAUUCAUGACUUGUGAGGUGGUGAUAUUGUAUUUCGCCAAGAGUUUGGAACUAGCUGGUGUCCGUUCAGAAAACGUAAUUCUGCCUCAAGAAAUAACUUCUAAAGAACUGUGGGACAAAAUAGCUUCUCUGCAUCCACGCCUGUGUGCUAUUAAGGAUCACGUUGUCCUUGCUGUGCGUCAGGAGUAUGUCACCAUUGGCGAUGAUAUCAUAACUCUCCGUACUGGAGAUGAGGUUGCAGUAAUUCCCCCUAUCAGUGGUGGUUAAUAUUCUCCAAAU